AUGCCAUUUCCUCUAUCUACAGUCACCGUUUUAGUCCCAGUCCUGUCCUUAUUAGGCCUCCUGUACUCCUCAAGUGUGGAUGAAAACUUCCCACAGGGCUGCACUGACACUACCAGCGUGUGUUUUUAUAGUCUGUUGUUGCCCGUCACUAUUCCCGUGUAUGUCUUUUUCCAUCUGUGGAAGUGGAUGGGAAUCAAGCUGUUCCGGCACAAUUGA